GCUGCCUGACUGGAAUGAGGGUAGCUGCGGCGACUGCGGCGGCGGGAGCGGGGCCGGCCAUGGCGGUGUGGACGCGGGCCACCAAAGCGGGGCUGGUGGAGCUGCUCCUGAGGGAGCGCUGGGUCCGGGUGGUGGCCGAGCUCAGCGGGGAGAGCCUAAGCCUCACGGGCGACGCUGCGGCGGCUGAGCCCGAGCCGGCUCUGGGGCCGGCAGCGGCUGCCUUCAACGGCCUCCCGAACGGCGGCGGGGCCGGCGACUCGCUACCGGGGAGCCCCAGCCGCGGCCUGGGUCCCCCGAGCCCGCCCGCGCCGCCGCGGGGCCCGGCGGGCGAGGCGGGCGCGUCGCCGCCCGUGCGCCGGGUGCGGGUAGUGAAGCAGGAGGCGGGCGGCCUGGGCAUCAGCAUCAAGGGCGGCCGCGAGAACCGGAUGCCGAUCCUCAUCUCCAAGAUCUUCCCGGGGCUGGCGGCCGACCAGAGCCGGGCGUUGCGGCUGGGCGACGCCAUCCUGUCGGUGAACGGCACCGACCUGCGCCAGGCCACCCACGACCAGGCCGUGCAGGCGCUGAAGUGCGCGGGCAAGGAGGUGCUGCUGGAGGUCAAGUUCAUCCGAGAAGUAACACCAUAUAUCAAGAAGCCAUCAUUAGUAUCAGAUCUACCAUGGGAAGGUGCAUCUCCUCAGUCACCAAGCUUUAGUGGCAGUGAGGACUCUGGUUCUCCAAAACACCAGAACAGCACCAAGGACAGGAAGGUCAUCCCUCUCAAAAUGUGCUUUGCUGCUAGAAACCUAAGCAUGCCGGAUCUGGAAAACAGAUUGAUAGAACUACAUUCUCCUGAUAGCAGGAACACGUUGAUCCUACGCUGCAAGGAUACAGCUACAGCACACUCCUGGUUCGUAGCUAUCCACACCAACAUAAUGGCUCUCCUCCCACAGGUACUGGCUGAACUCAAUGCCAUGCUUGGUGCAACCAGUACAGCAGGAGGCAGCAAGGAGGUCAAGCACAUUGCCUGGCUGGCAGAACAGGCAAAACUAGAUGGUGGAAGACAACAAUGGAGACCUGUCCUCAUGGCUGUGACUGAGAAGGAUUUGCUGCUUUAUGACUGUAUGCCAUGGACAAGGGAUGCCUGGGCAUCACCGUGUCAUAGCUACCCUCUUGUUGCCACAAGGUUGGUUCAUUCUGGCUCCGGAUGUCGAUCACCCUCACUUGGAUCUGACCUUACCUUUGCUACCAGAACAGGCUCUCGGCAGGGCAUUGAGAUGCAUCUCUUCAGGGUGGAGACACAUCGGGAUCUGUCAACUUGGACCAGGAUACUUGUUCAGGGUUGCCAUGCUGCUGCUGAGCUAAUUAAGGAAGUCUCUCUAGGCUGCACGCUAAAUGGCCAAGAGGUAAGAUUCACUGUCCACUAUGAAAAUGGGUUCACUAUCUCCAAGGAAAAUGGAGGUUCCAGCAGCAUAUUGUACCGCUACCCCUUUGAAAGGCUGAAAAUGUCUGCUGAUGAUGGCAUCAGAAAUCUGUAUCUGGAUUUUGGUGGUCCUGAGGGAGAACUGACCAUGGACCUGCACUCUUGUCCGAAGCCGAUCGUAUUUGUGUUGCACACGUUCUUGUCAGCCAAAGUCACUCGCAUGGGACUGCUCGUAUGAGCAGCACAAAAUCAGAAAAGAGUCGUGAAUGUCACAAGAAGUAUUUCCACCUCAAAAAAAAAAAAAAAAAAAAAGCACAAAAAGAAAGCUCUUUGCUCUCCCCUCCAGCACAGUGCCUUGACAAGGACCUGCAGAUCACUGCUGACCAGUAACCAUGUUUAAAGAAGAGCCUGCCUUUCACAAGCUACCUUGGCCAGAAAUUCUAGGACUCUAAUAAGCUCCAAACAAAGCUGUUGAUUUAUUGCCUCGUUUCCUAAUGUGGUUUCUAAGUCACUAGGUUUAUUUCCCCUAUGAAGAAGGAUGGCUCGUUGUGGGUUUUUUUUUUUUUUUUUUUUUACAUAAUCAAAUAUCCAAGAGUUGUUUUCGUUUUCUUCUUCCUACAGGAUUUGUUCCAAGCUUAGCCUUGACAUCUUGCUUAGUUCAGCCAUCUCUUGCCACGUGCUAGUUUACAGACACCUGUGCUUCUUGGCCAUUCUAGAUAGGUCGUAUGUGUUUCUGGAGCUUACUGUCAUAAUCCUUCCACCCUAGGAAGUCCUUGAAUUGCACACCAAAGCGUUCUCCCAUCUGUCCUGGCUCUCCUGCAUCCCACCCUGGCCAUUACUUUCCUACCGCAUCACGAGCUUUGCCACUCAUAAGUGCUAACUUUAGGACUUAGAACUUAUGAAAUUUGAUUUGCCUUGCCUUCCACUCCCUUUCUAGUGGCGACCAAGUUGGAAACCACUGAUUUGAAAGAAGAGGUUUGCUUGUUUUAGAUUUUUCUGAUUUAUCUUUGGUAGGAGCCAGGGGAUAAGAUUUCUUUUAAAAGAAAAUCCUCAUUUUAGCCUAAGCCAUUUUUUAUUGCUUACCAAAUGUGCCUUUGGUUAGGGUUAGUGGAGCUUUAUUAGUCACUAUUUGAAUAACUGGAUAUCACUGCCAUUCCAGGGAGAGCAUCCAUCUUAGUUUUGAGGAAUAGUCUUUGAGAUGGGUUUCCUUAGGAGUAUCUUUUCUAGUGGGCAGAUCUCAUUGAGGAAGCUAAGUCUUGGAGAGCCUUCUUGUUUAAAGAGUAGGCUCUGUAAAGCCAGCUCUUCAGCACAAACAUCCUGUGGAGUUGCCUUGGGCUUUGUGAGCCCAUGCUGGAUCCUGGCCCUUGUCCUCUCCCUUUGUGGCAGCAGAGUGGCAUGGAUAGGCAGCUGCUAAUUCAAGACUCACUGUUGGCUUAGUAACGCAUUCUACAGUGGGCCGGUGACGAGACCACGAAACAGCUACCUGGAUUUUGCUAAGCAUUGCCAGAUGUCAUCAUUACGACUUAGUAGCAGUAAGAUUGCUGAUUUUGUGGUAUUAAAGAAUCACACUCAGCUUGUUUUUCCUAAUUAUGAAGGAGGUAUAUAUCUGAAAACAUUUAAAAUAGGAUAAUAGCUAUAUAAAAUGUCAAGAUUACUGCAGUCCCCGGAUCUGAAAGAAAAGGGAAUAUUGACUUGGAUGUUCUCUGAAGAAAAGUCUAGGAAUAGUUCUCACUUACUAGAUUUAUUAGGAGUACUAUAAGAGGAUGUGAGCACUUUGGAGAGUGGAGGAGGGUAGCACUCCAUAUAGGGAGGAAAAACCCCACAACCAUAAAUGCACAACCUGAGCUGUUUGGUGUGAGUGCAGACUGACCUAGGUGGGACAUUUGAAAGAGCAGACUCAUGAGCAGAGAGUUUGAGUUAGACAUUGUAACCCCACUGUCUUUUUUCUGCCCAUAAGUCAGUCCUCCUUCCCCUUGUACAGUGAGAUUAACCACACACAGGGGCUGGGGAGAGAUAACUGGUAACUGUUCUUCCCCCAGCUACAGUUCCAAAAAUAAAUGAUUUGAUCCACUUAAAACUGGAAAUUGGAAUCUAGACUAGGAUGUCUUUCAAGAACUUUUUUUAUGUUUUAAAGAUUCAUAAACCUAUGUUUGGUUCCAUCUGAAGUAAAUUUGCAAAGGAAGAAAAAAAUAUCUUGAAGGUCCAGCUGUGAUUUCUGGAAGCAGAAUUUCAACAUAUAAAUACCCUCAGAUAAGGGAGCUUAGACACUCUUUGCAGUGAGAGCAUUAUUAACCUGAAAAAUUGCACAAUGCAGUCACAGAUUUUGCAACAAAGCCAUGUGGUUGAGGUUUUCUUGGUUAGUGUGAAAGGCUAAGCCACUGAGAAUUUUUUCAGGCAGAACUUCUGAGCCCCCGUGCUCAUCAGUUCAUGAAAAAGAUCUCUAAAAAAGGUGUGAUGAACAUGUGAGCAGGAGAAGGUAAAGCGUGUGAGCCAUUUUGGCUCAUUUUGUUCAAGCUUGGUUUUUUAAAUCUUUUGAGUCUUAAUGUGAAAUGAAAAUGUGUGGGAGAUUUCUUUUGACCACUAGCACCCCCAAGAGCAAGAGCCUUAAGCUGCUUGUAUAACAUCAACAGCUUUCCAAUCAUGGGUAACCAGCUUGUUCUUCAAUUAAGUGUGUUUAUGGAAUUUUCAAACCACAAAUGAAGUGCUUUUUAUGAAUAAGACAGCCUUGAUAAAUAUGUAUUUUGUAUUAAGAUGCCAAAAUAUGGCAAAUUAUUUUAACUAAAAAUGGGCAUUUGGGGUAUUUCACACCUUUUAUAGAACAGCUUAACUUGUCAUUUCUUUUUCAUUUUGAAUUAGGAAAAUUGCUGAGAAUAUUGUGGGCUUCCAUGUGUAGAAUGGAAAAGAAGCUGCAGAGUAGUGUCCACCUCAUCCCAAUGGACCCACUUCCUGUGCCCUCAGCUCCCCUCCAGACCUGGGGCUUAGACAUCUUUCCAUAUUCCACACAGAUGUCUACAAGUAGCCAAUUGGCAUGUGAAAAUUCUUCCUCCUCAUUCCCUAAAAUUUCUCCCUUUCCUCUCGAAAGAAAGAACCAACAAAAGAAAGAAAGAAAGAAAAGGCUCAGUUAUUCUUUUUCUGAAAAAGGUAAGCCCUUUCCUGAAUUUAUCAAACAAACCUUACCUGGAAAUUAAUAUCUAAUAUUUUAUAUGAAGAAAUACUUUAAUGUAUGUUUAUACAGUAUUUAUUAGAUACUUAUAACUGUAAACUCACCUACCUAGUAGACAGUUACAGAUUAAAUAUUGGGACAUGUACAAGCAAUCAAAAAUAUUACUUUAAAUGUCAUUCACCUCUUUUAAAGCCAUGUUUUAGCACUUUUUAGGCUAGGUAAAGUCUGAUAGUGCCUGUUUUUGUCAGCUGUACCCUCAUAAACUUUGUUAUGGAACAUUAUUGGAUGGCAGGAGAGAUUGAAUUAUUUAUUUCUUAUAUUUUUAUAAGUGGAAAAAUCUAACCAACAAAUGAUUAAAGUUGUCACUGAUUAUUUGUUUUCCUAAUUUAUGUUCCUAAGCAGAAUGGUAACAAAGCUUUUUUCAGCUGAUGAAAUGCACUUAGCUAAUAAACCAAAAUUUAUUCUUAAAAAAAAAAAUUAAACUGUGUGGAAUCUGGACAAGAUUAUGUUUCUCCUAGAAAAAGUUUUCACUUUAAAUGGUUUUGAUGGACAAAAGUGUGACCACUUUUGAGAAAAGGUUACAAUGGAUUUUUUUUUUUAAUUUUGUGAGAACCUCCAGGUCUUCUUGUUUAAUUUAUGUGCAUGUGGAUAUAUUUGUAUGUUUUCAAAAACAUGGAAGAAUCUCCAUUUUUAAUGCAAAUUAUAUUGUAAGCUGCUAUGCAAAUUCUAUUAAAAGCCCUACCUACUUAAAAGUUAAACAUUUUUGAAGCUUUCAGGGAAGACCUGUAGACUUAAGCACUUUCUCUGCUUUUUUGUAUCUUAUCUUGGACACUUACGCUGAACUUUGUUCUUAUUAUUUUCA